GUAAGUGGCGAAGCCCGGCCCGCCAAACGUAAAGUUUGAGGCGAUUUCAUCCUGCUGCAUCGAUUGAUAUCUACCUCAAAAAUAGCUACUUACAGAUGAUAAGUAGGGUUAAGCCUUAAUCCAUAAGCGAGAAGGUUAUGGGAAGAUUGAAGCAGGUCGACAGCUGCUGCGUGAUUUCAAAUUCUCACUAGAAUGGCGCAGCAGGGUACGCUCACGGCUUACUUCCCCAGGGCAACGGGGCCUGGUGCGCGAGGGGGCCAGCCUGCAACUUUGCCGGCUGGUGGUGCCGGCCCUUCAACCGCCCAGCGUUCCCCCCUCGAGCUGCUGGAGCGCUAUUGGGGUUACACGGAGUUCAGGUUCUGUCAGGAGCAAGUUAUCAGCAACAUCCUGUCUGGGCAGGACUGCUUGGUGGUGAUGCCGACGGGCGGCGGCAAGUCCAUAUGUUACCAGAUCCCGCCACUGGUUCUGGACCGCGUGUGCAUUGUGGUGUCGCCGCUCAUCGCGCUGAUGGAGGACCAGGUGGCGGCGCUGAACGCGCGCGGCGUCACGGCGGCCUUCCUUGGCAGCGCGCAGAGCAGCAGGCAGGUCAAGGACGACGCCUGGGCGGGUGCUUACCAGUUUGUGUACAUGACCCCCGAGCUGGUCUGCUCCUCGGGGGCGGCCCUGGCGUCACUGCACGAGCGGAGGGGCAUCGCGCUCGUGGCGAUUGAUGAAGCACAUUGCGUGUCCGAGUGGGGUCAUGACUUCAGGCCCGACUACCGGCGUCUGGGCUGCGUGCGGCAGUCGCUGCCGGGGGUGCCGCUGGUGGCGCUCACAGCCACCGCCACGCCGCGUGUGCGUGACGACAUUGUGCGCAACCUGGGCAUGAGGACCGGCAGCGGGCGCUUCGUGGAGUCGUUCGAGCGGACCAACCUGCACUUCGCAGUGAAGCAGAAGACCAGCAUCAAGGAGGUGGUGGGAGAGAUCGCGGAGGCGAAGCGACGGCGCGGCGGCGAGCUGCCAUGCACGCUCAUCUACGCGCUGACCACAAAGGAGGUGGACGAGAUUGCGGCCACAGUCAACAGCAUGCCGGGCCUGGCGGGACGUGCGGGGAGGUACCACGCCAAGAUGAGCGCCUCGGAGCGGCGUGAGGCCCACGCCGCCUUCAUGCGGGAUGAUCUGGACGUGUUGGUGGCGUCAGUGGCGUACGGCAUGGGCAUCGACAAGCCCAACAUCCGCCGCAUCGUGCACUGGGGCUGCCCCGCAUCCGUGGAGGCCUACUACCAGCAGGCCGGCAGGGCGGGCCGAGACGGAGCCGGGGCGCGCUGCCUGCUGCUGUGGAGCGCCGCGGACGCCCUGACGCUGGCGCGCAUCAAGGAGGGCGAGGGCAUGAGUGCGGAAGGGCGGGCCAACAUGCAGGACGCCAUGGCCAAGAUGCAGAACUACUGCCACGGCACCGGAUGCCGCCACGCCCAGCUCGUUAACUUCUUCACGCAGGGCGCGCUGCCGCCCCAGGGCCCCUGCCGCGGCGGCUGCGACACGUGCGACAGGCGCAGCAACGGCGAGGUGUCCUCCCGCGACAUCGCCCACGAGGCGCGGCUGCUCAUGAGUGCGGUGGCAGGGCUGCGCAACAAGUUCGGACUGAACCGCUCCGUGCAGCUGCUGCGCGGCAGCCGCAGCAAGGACCUGCAGCCCUGGAUGGUUGAGGCGGCGGUGCACGUGGCCACAGGCGCCAAGCUGCACGGCGCCGGCGCCGAUCGCAGCGAGUCCUGGUGGAAGGGUCUGGGCGGGCUGCUGGCGGCGGAGGGGCUGCUGGCCUACCAUGCCGUCAACGACUUCCAGGUGGUGCGGGUCAGCGAGGCGGGCGACCGCUGGCUCCGCAGCGGGCAGCCGCUGGUGCGCGAGCUGCCGCCGGCGCUGCAGGAGGAGGAGACGCGCGCCCACCGGGAGGCGAUGGCGCGGCAGCGGGCGCAGGAGGAGCGGCAGCAGGCCGCCAGCGCUGAGGCAGCGGAGCUGGAGGCGCUCAAGCGGGCGCUGCGGGAGGAGCGCAAGCGCGUGGCGGACAGCCUGGGGCAGGCGCCCGACACGCUGGUGAACGACCUGACUCUGGACGGUCUGGCCCGGCUGCGGCCCGAGGAGGAGGCGCACCUGCGCCUGGUCAGCGGCAUGGGAGAGGCGGCCGUGGCGGCGUUCGGCAGGCCGCUCAUGCGGGUCAUCAGCGCCUUCAUGGCGGCCGCGCAGCACCUGGGCCGCGGCGGCGCCACCGACUGGAUCAGCGUGGCGCGGCUGAGGGGCGGCCGCGGCCGCGGUCCCACGGAGGGCGCGGCAGCAGGCGGAGGCGGAGGUGGAGGUGGGGGUGGGGGCGGCUGCGCGGACGCGGUGGGCGCGAGCGAGGAGGACGUGGCGGCGGCGGGGCGGCUGGUCGGCGAGCCCAAGGGCGCCGCCAGCGAGGCUGCUAUCCAAUGGCAGAGCGGCAUGACGGCGGCGGACAUCGCCACCAAGCGGCCACGGCCCAUCGCCGUGUCCACAGCGCUGGGCUACGUGGCGGAGGGUGUCGCGGCAGGCGUUGCCGGCGACGCGGCGCGGCUGGCGCAGGAGGCGGGGGUGGACCGGAGCAAGGCGCUGGCGGUGGCAGCCGCCAUCCGGGUGGAGGCGGCCGCCGGCAUUGGCGCCGUGAAGCGGGCGCUGGACGCGUCGGGACAGCCCGUUGACUACGGAGCAAUCAAGGUGGUGGCUGCGCUGAUGGCCAGCCGCUCAAUAUGGUUCGGGGCGCCAGCCCCGGCCCCGGCUCCUGCAGCAGCAGCAGCAGCAGCCACGUACGACCUGACGGCCGCUGACGAGGACAGCGACUGGGGCGGCGGCGCGGAGGAGCUGUCGGAGGGCGGCGGCGAGUGGAUCAACCUGCGCGCCGAGCCGCCGCCGCCGCAACAGCAGCAACAGCAGCAGCAGCAGCGGUUAGGGGGGCUGGCGGCAGUGGGGCCGCAUGGCAAGCCGCCGCUCCCAGCCAACCACCAGCAGCACCUUCACCCGCCCAGCCAGCUGUCGCAGCAAACGCACCAGCAGCAGCACCACCCCGGGCCUGCCGGCUGUAGCACCGGGCCCGGCGGGGCGGCUGUGGCUGCGGCUGCUACUGCCAGUGUCAGCGGCAGCCAGCAGUCGUUCGCCAUGCACGACAGCCCCGUGGGCCUCGACGGCAUCAGCGCGGCACCCGGCGCCGCCGCGGCCGCCGCCACCUCGACGGCGUGCGAUGACGAUGACAUGCAGCAGGCGGUCACUGCGGGCGCCGGACGGGCUGGGACAGACGGCGGCUGCGGCGGGGCAACGGGCUUGAGCGGGCGGGACGCGGCGCCGCGGCCCAUGGCGGCGCCGCGGCAAGGAGGCGGUGCGGGCAGCGGGCACGACGCGGGCUUUGUGUUUGACACGCCCGCCCGCCACGGCAUGUCGCAGAGCGACACACCUGACUUCAUCGUACGGCAGAGCCCCGGGGCCACCACUGCCGGCUAUGGCGUUGCCGUACCCGCCGCAUCCACCGCCGCCACAUCUACAGCCGACCGGCCAACCGCCCUGCCGCAGCAACAACCGCAGAUGCAGACGCAACCCAGCCAGCCUGGGGCCACGCUGGCACCUAUUCAAGCGCAGGCCAUGAACAACAGCGGUGCCGGCCACACUGGCGGCAAUGGUGCUGCUGGUGCCAGCGGCACCUACCGGCCGCCAAUCAUCUCGGGUGGCAAGCGCACGCUGCCGGGCUGGUUCGGCGCCGGUGCCGGUGCCGGUGCCGGUGCUAAGCGGCAAGCGGCGGGGCCCGCAGCGCCACAGCCGGCUGCCGCCUCGCAAGUCACACAGCCUUCGCAGCCGGCUUCGGGCCAGGCUGCGGCGCAGCGGCAGCAAGCACCAGUCGCGUCGCCGGGUGCAUGCGCAAUGACGCCGGCGCCGCGCGUUGCUGGCAGCGCAGCGGCGGCGACGACCCCGGGCGGCACGCCUGUGACGCGUGAAGCGGUUCUGGACCUGUUGCAAAAGUCGCCCGGUCUGUCGGCGGUGCAGCUGGCGGCUGCACUCGGCUGCCCCCGCCCGCCCGGUGCCAGCCCAAGCCCAAGCCCAAGCCCAAGCCCCGACCGGGGCGGUGCUGACGACAGCGCGGGCCGGCGGCGGGCGCUGGGAGCGGUGCUGCAAGACCUGGUGGGCGACUUUGAGGUGAUGCGGCGGGGCAGUGGCGCGGUCAGGUCGCAGGUGGACCUGGACGAUGAAGGCACCACAUUCCAUAUUUUGUGAGGAGAGCUUGGGUGUGGUGGUGCUUGAGGUGCUUGCGGCUGGUUUUGGAAAGGCGUGCUAGUGGUGGGUGGGUGGGUGGGUGGGUGGGUGGGCGUGGGGUGUGAGGGUGUGGGGGUGGGCGGUUUUGUAGGUCUUGGUAGGGGUCUCAGUAGAUUGCAGGGCGAUUGUAUGUGCGUGAGCAUAGCUGUCAUACGUAGCACCAUAGGCAAGCGGGGGAGAGUGGCCCAAUGGUAGUAUGCAGCAUGGAUGCAGCAGGCCCAGGUAUGCCAGCACGGCCAGCCCGCCGCAUGAGCAGCGCUUGAUCACAUAUGGGGUAGUUGGGAAUGUCGUGCUGCGCGUUCACUGGUGCCAAGACUCCCGGAAACAAUUGGGGUUGUGCGUGUCCUUGAAGCUGGCCGCUGGCCAUACCACGAUAUGUGCAAUGUUACAAGAAGGGACAACCUGGUUAGUGAGCAUUCACGGGUAACGUAAGAUACGACCUCUCGCCUGUGCUUUAAGGUGGUGCAUUCCCCGAUGCGUGUAUAAGGCAAUCGUCUCACUCACACAACGAACUGUUUGCCGUCUGCUUGAGGGUAUGGGCAUCAGCUGCACCCUACGGGACCUCGCCAACCUGCCUUGAACCCUGUCCC